AUGAAUCCUGCUCAGGAGCGCAUAACCAGGACCCUCGCUGCCAGGGCGAGGAAGGCUCUGAAAGAUGACCAGACUGGCUCGGGGUCUGCCCCUACUUCAGGAUCGGACGAUUCGUCCUCGGGCCGGGCUACGGUCGCUCUUUCUCCUGGUCUCGUGUCCUCGAAAGCCAAGCGACCGCGUGCCGAGGGAAGCGUCGAUUUCACCGGAGAUAGGGGGAAAGGGACGUACGACCUGCCUCCUUGGUGGUUGGAGAAAAAUUUCUUCGAGGGUGCGGCUCUCCGUCUUCCUCAGGCUGAAUCCCUCCACCUCGAGGGAUUGGACCUCUCGGAGAAGAGGGCGAUGCUGGUGCAAAAUGUCGGCGGUUUGACGAGGAUACUUGAAAUGGUUGUUGCAUAUACCGAUGGGAAUUCUUCGCAGGAGGCAGAGUUGAAGAACCUUUGGGCCAAGCUGGCCGCGAGCGAGAAGAAAGUUCUCGAAGAGGAAAAGGCCCAGAGGCUCUCUAAGAAGGAAUCAGGGAGAGUUUCCGAGGAACAUAGGAUCCUUUUGCUCGAGAAGAAAGCUCUUGAGGAGAAGGUGGAGAUAUUGACUGUUGAGGUCACCCCCGUUGAAGACAAGUCGGCGGACACAAAAUAUUUAAAGACUCGGGCCGAGCUUGUUGCCUGUUUUCAAUUGGCAGUGGAUGAUGCCCAGGCUUCCUCCAAGGGGAGUUUCGAAAAUACGGUGAAGCAGAUGCAGGUGUUAAACCCCGGGGUUGAACUCAAUGUUUCAGGAAUGAGGGUCAAUUAUUAUGUGGCUGGCGGUAAGAUUCUGGUCCUUGAUUAUCUCAGAGAGUUUGUUGCUCAGUCUACCGAGGGUCCUGCUCAGCUAUCGAUCAUCAUCGAAGAAGAGGUCGAGGGAUGA